UUCAUCACAAUGGGGAAGAUCAUCUUCUAUGAAGACAGGAACUUCCAAGGUCGCUCGUAUGAGUGUAGCAGUGACUGUGCGGACCUGCACUCCUACUUCAGUCGCUGUAACUCCAUCCGCGUGGACAGUGGCUCAUGGAUGGUGUAUGAGCGCCCCAACUACAUGGGCUACCAGUACUUCCUGAAAAGAGGGGAGUAUCCUGACUAUCAGCGCUGGAUGGGAUUUAAUGACUGUGUGCGUUCCUGCCGCAUGAUCCCAGAGCACCAAGGAUCAUACAGAAUCAGAAUCUACGAAAGACCAGAGUUUGGAGGACAGAUGAUGGAAUUUGUUGAUGACUGUCCCUCUCUCUUUGAACGUUUCCAUUACAAUGAUGUUCAUUCCUGCAAUGUGAUGGAUGGCUACUGGCUCUUCUUUGAACAUCCUAACUACCGUGGAAGACAGUACUUCCUAAGACCUGGAGAGUACAGGAGAUACAGUGACUGGGGUUCAAUGAGCUCCAGGAUUGGAUCCUUCAGGCGCAUCACUGAUUUCAACUAA